AUGUCGCUCUUCCGAAUUGGAGGCGCCGUUGGCCUCCGUGCGACUCGAAUUGCCGCACCUGUCAAUGUCCGCUUCGUCUCCGGUGUCGCCAAGGGAGAGAUCAAGACCAGCCCGGCCGAUGCUCCCACCACGCCCAACAGGGACAGCUCGUUGAUCAACAAGCAGAGCCCCUCGGAGGCAAUGACCCGUCACCAGCCUGAUUAUGAGGCUACCAUUGACCAUGCUACCUCUCAAUUCUCCCCCGUUCCCAAGCGCGUGAUGGAUGGCAGCGAGCCCGGCCCUGCUCUGCCCGCUGCAGUUCUCUCUGGAGCUCCUACCGAUCUCCAGGCCCGCACCGUCAGAAUCUACCGCCCCACAAAGCCUGCUACCCAGUCUGGUACCUGGCACGGACACCACUGGCGCAUGGACUGGGACAUUCUGCAGAAGGGUCACCGGUGGGAGAACCCCCUCAUGGGCUGGCAGUCUUCCGCAGAUGCCAUGCAGGGCACCAACCUCAAGUUCAAGAGCAAGGAGGAUGCCAUUGCCUUUGCCCAGAAGCAGGGCUAUGAAUACUUUGUGCAGGAGCCUAAUGAGCGCCGGUUCGUGCCCAAGGCUUAUGCCAACAACUUCCUUCACGAGUCGGGGAAGCUCAAGCACAUCAAGACCAAGUGA